UGCUUCCUCUGGUUUUGUCUCUGUGACUUGAUGGAUCUGCACCAAUCCUAGGGGGUUUCCUAACACUUCCUUAUUAUCCCUCGGUUCACACCCUUGCCACUGCCAGGAUCCACAGCCCGUCGACACUUCGCCCAAGGCUCUUGAUUGGUUUCGACAUUCUGACUUCCCCCACAAUCCUCCGCCUCCCUUUAAAAGGGAGAGAGGUAAAACCUGCAGCUUUUAGAAGGAAGGCUAAGCUCAAACCGGGCACAGGUCUUUAACAGCAAGAUGAUGGCCAGCCAAGAGAUUAUUCUGCUUUUUCUGUGUGCUCUGUCACAAGCUUCAGGGUGCUUCAAACUCAUCACCCCCUCCAGGUGGGGUGCAAAGCCAGCCAACUGCUCUGAACCUUUGAAGGUCCUCCCACCUGAGUACGUUAUCAUCAUCCAUACGGCUCAGAAUCCAUGCAAGACGCAAGCCGAAUGUGCGAGAGAAGUCAGGAAUGCGCAGGAUUAUCACCUGGGCCUCAAAAGGUGGUGCGAUGUGGCCUAUAACUUCCUGAUUGGUGAGGAUGGACUUGUGUAUGAAGGACGCGGCUGGCGCAAUGUUGGAUCUCACACCUACGGCUACAACGAUUUGUCCCUGGGCAUCGCUUUCAUUGGCACCUUCACAGAGAGGUCUCCCAACCAAGCAGCGUGGAAAGCUUUGAAAUGCCUGCUUGACUUCUCUGUCAAGGUCGGGUACCUGUCUCCAGAUUACCUCGUAGUAGCCCACAGCGAUGUCAGUGAUCUUGUUUCUCCAGGAGAGGCGAUCCGUUCGGAAAUUUCCAAAUGGCCCAAUUACAGGCACAACUGAAGACUUCCCCUUUUUUCUUCACUCAUCCGCUGCGUUGCUGGAAGUGUUAGAGAGGAACGAGAGUGACUCCAAGUGAGACCUUGCAACAAAAUGCCACAGUCUGGACUGCAACUGUUGAGGUUUCCAUCCAUUAAGACAUGCCUUUCCCCAGGAUAUUUCAUUUCACCAUUCCCCUGUUUUCCAUUUCCUCUCUCCAAAAGACACUCAUUGUUCAGUGGCCGCUAAGCAUGCUCAGCAGGUACGUACUAUGCUGUUUUUAGGUUUUUAAAUAAAACUCCUCUUAGCGGUUCUCUCAUUAAUGAUCUUUUGCACUUCUGCUAAUUUUGGCAUCUAGAUAUCAGACAUGUCCAACAGGUCAAUCGCAACUUACUGGUUGAUUGUGGGGUGUUCCUGGUUGAUCCUGGUUGGUCUUUUGUCCCCUGGUGAUUUGUAAACCCCUCCCCCCCAAAAAAACCUUGGCUCCCUAAAAAAAAACUCAGCGACUCUGGUCCAUCCUCCAAUGACAAUGGGUAGAUCACUGCCAGUUUUUUAUAUACUAUGAGUAGAUCGCAGUCUCUUGGGAGUUGGAUGUGCCUGCUCUAAGUGGUUGGGAUGCAUC